GGUUAGAUCACAUACCUGCCCACAACCCACAUCCAUUGGUUGGAACCGGUCGAAAAAGGUAAUUAUCGCUAAUGGAAGUACAGCAUCGAUGGAGCGCUCCAACGAAAACAUGAACAAUGACCAAUCUCGCCCCAUGGAAGGUGCUGCUCGUGCACCGAGACCGAUUAUGAAACGAAAGUCGAGGACGGUCCGUAUUUCGACAGUGGAAAUGGCCCGUCAAUCGUCAAUCGUCAGUGAUCUCUCAUCCUCGACAUCCGACUCCAAGUAUUCCCAGAAUUCCUUCUUCAUGGACACAUCCAACAGCGAAGACAAGGAAUUGAAACCGGCACGCGCGACAACGACGGAGGAGAACCCGCGUUCCCUGAAGGAAGUAUUUGAUCGAAUGAACUGUCUAGCGUUGCAAGAUUCUACCUUGAUCGAGAAGCAGGCGCUGAAGAUGUCGUGCGUUGACGAAAAAGAUGCGGAUGCCCCAAGAGAGCUUUCGACCCCGGGAGAAGUAAUUGUUCUAGGAAGCCGCCAAAACGUGUAUCCGAUCGUGACGAAUCUUGGUGGACGAGUGAAACCGCACAUCGUUCCCACUGCCACCAAGCAAGAAGCUUCACGCGCCGGUUCGUAUCAGACACUAUUCGUAUCUUACGAUAGUGGCUUUUCCAAUUCGGAUGCGGCAGCUACCAACGCACCAAAACGCAUUCGAAUCGUCGAUUUCUUCAAGUGUGGUCAACCUCGCUUUGAUUCGGCUGCAAAAUCGACUGACGGUUACAGAGGUCCCUUCAGCUAUCUGGUUCCCAUCAUAUCUCCAAGCAAAGUCGUUGCGUCAACUUCACCGAGGUUUUUGUCCGUGUCCAUGAGCAUGGAUGAAUUGUCGUGUUCGAUGAAUUCCAUCGCUGUUGAAGGGGAGGGGAAAAUGCCAGAGAAGGGGCUCGGCAAAACCAAAAUGAAACAGGGAAUGUUUCAGGUUCCAACAGCAAAAGAAUCGAUGUUCACGAAGGAAACAACUAUUGAAGACAUGCCGUUUGACCUUCAAUCGUCAACGGCAUCGACACCAAAACAAGGAAACAAAGGCAAGGCACGGAAUGAUUCAGAAAAACAGGAUAUUGUCGGAGAAGAAGAUGGAGUUCUUGAAAAUUCUGCUCCAAUCGCAGCGUCAUCGCUGGCACUGCAAAGUGUCCAAAGCGAUGAUUUCAUUGGAGCAAAUAUUGAGGCAAUCGAAGUUAACGAGACCGGCACCAUUGUAAACGAAGAUAUAAACACCUGUGAAACGCCAGCCGAAGGUCAUUCUCCGCAACUUCCCUUUAAAAAUGUUUACCUCUCCCAUAAAAUCGACGCAGGGCAAUCUGAAGUCCAAGAUGAGACAAGCUUAUCUUCGCCAAUGAAGGAUUCUUACGAGGAGAACGCCAAGACUGUUUCUAAACACUUUUCGCUACUGACAUCUUUCUCGACCCCUAAACUUAAGAGAAGACUAAGAGCUUUGGCUGGUUCUAGGGACAAGAAAGAGAAUGGAUUUGUUUCGAAGAAACCUAAAGCCACUGACUGCGACUCACCCGGGGCUAAUACUACUGCUACGAUUCUGAUGGACGGUUCAUCCUUUGGAGAGGAGGACUUUUCGAAUUCAAAUGGAAACCAACCGUUCCAGCUUCGUCCCAGACCCGGAGGAGAGCAGCAAUCAUGCUUUCGCCUAUUCUGACCGUCAGAGCCAAGAUCACAAUGACCUCACUACCCAGUUUUCGCAGAUGUUCAGACGAAUUAAUGUUCUUUUCUCUGGCCUCAGCAACUAUUAUUUGUGUAGUUCUGGGGCAGUUUCAUUCAUCAAAUCAUAGCCAUCUAAUUAUAUGUAAUAUUUUUAGUACGAGUACACUAUUGCCAAGUACAUAUUGUAUUGUCCAAUUGUCAUCAGCUUGUCUUAACUUUUAGUAGUACAGUUGUACCGUUACAGAGAAGAUUUUGAUAAUCAUGGAAGUCGAAACAUUAAAGAAGACAAAAAUAG